CGUGUUCCACGUCGGCGUCGUCAGUGCGUACUGGUGUCCGAAGCCGGUCGUGCGGCACGCGCGUGAUACGACGGGUGUCAGGAGUUCGUCGAGACGCGCGCGGAAAACGGCGUCGAGUGGAAGAUACGGAGGAUCCAGUGGCGACGAUGACGUCGCCGAUCGAGCGUCAUUGAGGAUAGAUCGCGUCAGCGGAAACCCGAGGCGGAGGCUGCGGAAAUACUCCGACACGUGACGCGAAGAUCCCCCCGCGGGACAGGAAGCCCUUCGCCGCGCGACGCUCCUCGGCCACGACCCGCGAUAAUUGUCGAUUAAUCCGCAUCGCGCACAGCGAGGCACCCCGCCGGGUGAAGUGUUGAUCUUGGAAAUAAGAGCGACCGGAUAGAGAACCGCCACCAUGAUCGUGGACGAUAAACAGGAAAUGGAAGGCUUCUGGAUCUACGGCGCGAUCCACGCGAUCAAGGCUCUGUCGUACGUGUACGACUUGCUGACCUUCCCCGUGUAUCUCAUACUUCAGCGACCAUGGGAGAAGCGUAAGGCCUCCAGGAGAAUCAAGGCCCGUCCGAUCUCCAAAGAUGAAAAUCAGAUCACUUACAGAAGCGUCGACUCCCCGAAACCGAUGCACGUCAUGCUCGAGCGCGAAAAGGUCGAUACUCUGGAAAAGGUACUUCUUUGGGUCGUUAAGAUGUACGGCGAUAAGAGGUGCCUUGGUACAAGACAAAUCUUAGCAGAGGAGGAUGAGCCUCAACCUAAUGGCAGAAUCUUCAAAAAGUAUAAAAUGGGAGAUUACAAAUGGAAAUCAUUUAAUGACGUCAAUAAGCUGGCUUCUUCCUUCGGUCGAGGUUUGGUAGAACUUGGUAUGAAGCCACGUAACAACAUUGUCAUCUUUGCUGAGACGAGAGCGGAAUGGAUGAUAGCGGCACAUGCAUGCUUCAAGCAAAAUUUCACCGUAGUGACGAUCUACGCGACUUUAGGCGACGAGGCUAUCGCUCACGGUAUCAACGAAACUGAAGUAGACACUGUCAUUACCAGCCAUGAACUUCUGCCAAAGUUUAAGCGGAUGCUGGACAUGGUGCCGGAGGUCAAGAAAAUUAUCUAUAUGGAAGAUCAACUCAAACCGACUAGCACCAAAGGUUACAAGGAUGGAGUGCAACUGUUACCAUUCGCCGAGGUCAUCAAAAUGGGUGAUAAGUCAACUGCGAGUGCUACUUCGCCGAAGGGCGAUGACACCGCUAUAAUUAUGUACACGUCUGGUUCGACCGGAGUUCCGAAAGGCGUCCUUCUCUCUCAUAAAAAUAUCAUAAGCACUCUAAAAGCAUUCUGCGACGCUGUAGAAAUCAAGUCAGACGAUGUGUUUCUCGGUUUCUUGCCAUUGGCUCAUGUCUUCGAGCUACUGGCUGAGAGCGUGUGUCUUUUAAACGGAGUGCCCAUCGGUUAUAGCUCACCGCUUACGCUGAUUGACUCGAGUAGCAAAAUUCAGAGGGGUUCAAAGGGUGAUGCUUCCGUCCUACAUCCAACUUGCUUAACUGCAGUACCGCUCAUUCUCGAUCGCAUCUCCAAAGGAAUAAUCGAGAAAGUGAAGAAAUCUGGCCCGUUCAGGCAAGCUAUCUUCAAUUUUGCAUAUGAAUACAAACUGAAGUGGACGAAGCGAGGCUAUGAAACGCCUCUCUUCGACAAAUAUAUAUUUGGAGCCGCGAAACAAGUGCUCGGUGGUCGCGUUAGGCUCAUUCUUUCUGGAGGCGCUCCACUCAGUCCAGAUACUCAUAAUCAAGUGAAACUUUGCCUAUGCGUCACCGUAACUCAAGGAUAUGGUCUCACGGAAACGUCUUCUUGCGCAACCGUUAUGGACAUGCACGAUAGAACCACAGGAAGAGUCGGAGCACCCACUACGGUUUGCGAUAUCCGAUUGGAGAGUUGGGAAGAAGCUGGUUAUCGAGUCAAAGAUCAUCCACAUCCCAGAGGAGAGAUCGUAAUCGGUGGCGAUAUAGUUUCCGCUGGUUACUAUAAACUACCGGAUAAAACGAAAGAAGACUUUUUCCAAGAGGACGGCAGACAAUGGUUCCGAACCGGCGAUAUUGGCGAGAUUCAUGCAGAUGGUUCCAUCAAGAUUAUUGACCGAAAGAAGGAUUUGGUUAAACUACAACUCGGAGAGUACGUUUCCUUAGGCAAAGUCGAAUCCGAGUUAAAGACUUGCCCUGUCGUAGAAAACAUAUGCGUCUAUGGCGAUGCGAAUAAAGCGUAUACAGUGGCAUUGGUCGUACCUAACCAACAUUAUUUGGAAGAAAUCGCCAGUAAUCUAGGCAUAACCGGAAAGAGUCUUGAAGAACUUUGUAGUAAUCCACAGAUCGAGAAAGCGGUACUCCAAGAACUUGUUGAGCAAGCGAAGAAAUGUAAGCUCCAAAGGUUUGAAAUACCAGGCGCGGUGAAACUGUGUGCAGAACAAUGGUCACCCGACAUGGGUCUGGUUACCGCGGCAUUCAAACUCAAGAGGAAAGCAGUUCAGGAACGUUAUCAACAUGAAAUUAAUAGGAUGUACGCUUCGUGAUGUUCCGCCAUAGGAUGCACUAAGUGUUGCGUGUAAUGGGGAUCUAAACCUAAGAAAUCACCUUGUCCAACAGACGGUACCUCGAUAAUUUAUAGAUACAUGUAAACUUUGUCAUAUGCUCACAUUUCACGCUGGUCACGGGAGUGCCAAGCUCGUGGUAAUCGCGUGUGUAAUGAUAAUCAAAAGAUCGCAGAAUUCUUCGAGUUUUCUCGGUUUAUCUGAAUUAAUAGCAAUCUGAUCCGCUGACAAAGAUUACCAGAUUAAAUUGUCAUUUAUUCACUUGAUUGAACCGGGAAAACCACUCGGAGAACGCAGAGAUCUUUUGAUCCAAAAAUGAAAGUAUCGCUUUUUUGAAGGUAUUUCUUCAUUAGGUCUUCCGAGCGCGACAAAUUUUUCAUAAUUUUACAUCGAUAUCGAUUACACACAAGUCGAGUAUUCGAUUUUGUGACACGAAGCCGAUGAGAUUUUCUAUGUAUCACUUUACGUAUCAUCUUUACGUAUCAACUUUAUCGAGGGCAAAUGGAUACCGUAAGAUGAUACCGUAGCGCGAUAUAUUGGAAAAAAAAGUAAAUGGUACAAGACGAUUUUCCGCUGGGAAAAUUGUUGUCGUCCUACUCCCUCUAUUUUUAUAUCAUUUUUUAUUACGUCGGUCGAUUCGUCGCGCCUGUAUUUCAGUAGUGCACCUAUCUAAUUAUUGAUAUUAAUGAACCAGUCACGAUCUUUGCAAACAAGCUGGUUUCGGUUAAAUUCACAACUCGUACGGUGUACUUAUUUUAAGUAUUAUUCAAAAUUGUCGAGUUCGGUCUUCGGAGGGGACGAGAUGUUUGAAAGAGAUCUUCUCAGAGAGCUUUUUGUUUUCUUAUGAUAUAUCAUAUGUAUAUACAUAGAUAAGAAAUGAAAAACGAGGCUGUUGUGUUCGGCACGCAUAGAUCAAUUUCAAGACAAUUUUAAUAAUAACAUAUUGUGUAAAUUAAAAUUUUUCUCUCUCAUCGAGAUACUACCACUUAACACUCUUACAUCGUCUGUCUAGCAAUUUGUCGACAUAUUCCGCGCUUACUUUUUUUGAAAUAUUAAUUCAGACAUCACAAUAUUUCUCCCAGCAACAGAGAGUAUUUUUGUGUAUAUGCGUAUACGUUGGAGUGUGUAUAUGCGCGCGAGGGUGUUCGAUUUUUAUUGUUAUAUGCUUGAAUGCACAUAUAUGUCUACAAGGAAAAGAUUAGGAAGUAAAACGUAUGUGAGCUUUAUAAAGAAAUCAUGUUUUACAAAUAUACAAUUGUUCUUUACUGUUAAUUUUUCGCGCGCG